GGCUGCCGGCUGCUGCCACCGCAAUCCCGGCUCCUAAAUCAGCGCGGGGAGGCGCCCCUUCCCCCACCCGGCUCCCCGGACUCCCCGGGCCGCGAUUGGCUGCGCGGGCGCCCCCCAACCCUGGGCCCUCGGCUUCAGCUGCCACGCCAUUGGCUGCCGGCCUCCGCCAGCCUUUACAUAAGCCCGGGCGCGCUCGAGUGGAGUUGUAUAAAGCGAGCGCGAGGCGUCGGGGCGGGAGGCUCGAGGCCAGCCCGGGACCGGGGCUGGGAGCUGCAAGGCGGCAGCGGCGCCGGCGGCGGCGGCAAAGGCGGCAGCGAGCGCCCGCGCUCCGACGCCCCCAGGCGGAGGGGCUGAGAGAGCCCGAGGAUGACUCCCUGCGCUGACCCCGGCGUGUCCGGGAUGUUACUGUUCCCGCUACUGCUGUGGUUUCUGCCCCCCACUGAGGGGUCCCAGAGGACUGAACCCAUGUUCACUGCAGUCACCAACUCAGUUCUACCCCCUGACUAUGACAGCAACCCCACUCAGCUCAACUACGGUGUGGCGGUCACUGAUGUGGACCACGAUGGGGACUUCGAGAUUGUUGUGGCGGGGUACAAUGGCCCCAACCUGGUUCUGAAGUAUGACCGGGCCCAGAAGCGGCUGGUGAACAUCGCGGUAGAUGAGCGCAGCUCACCCUACUAUGCGCUGCGGGACCGUCAGGGAAACGCCAUUGGGGUCACAGCCUGCGACAUCGACGGGGAUGGCCGUGAGGAGAUCUACUUCCUCAACACCAAUAAUGCCUUCUCAGGGGUGGCCACAUACACAGACAAACUGUUCAAGUUCCGCAAUAACCGGUGGGAAGACAUCCUGAGUGACGAGGUCAAUGUGGCCCGGGGCGUGGCCAGCCUGUUUGCCGGACGCUCUGUGGCCUGUGUGGACAGGAAGGGCUCCGGACGCUACUCUAUCUACAUCGCCAAUUAUGCCUAUGGUAACGUGGGUCCUGAUGCCCUCAUUGAAAUGGACCCUGAGGCCAGUGACCUGUCCCGGGGCAUUCUUGCACUCAGAGAUGUGGCUGCUGAGGCCGGGGUCAGCAAAUACACAGGGGGCCGGGGUGUCAGCGUGGGCCCCAUCCUCAGCAGCAGCGCCUCAGACAUCUUCUGUGACAACGAGAACGGGCCCAACUUCCUCUUCCACAACCAGGGCAACGGCACCUUCGUGGACGCUGCGGCCAGUGCCGGUGUGGAUGACCCUCACCAGCACGGGCGAGGUGUCGCCCUGGCUGACUUCAACCGUGAUGGCAAAGUGGACAUUGUGUAUGGCAACUGGAAUGGCCCCCACCGCCUCUAUCUGCAGAUGAGCUCUCACGGGAAGGUCCGCUUUCGGGACAUCGCCUCCCCCAAGUUCUCCAUGCCCUCCCCUGUUCGCACUGUCAUCGCUGCCGACUUUGACAAUGACCAGGAGCUGGAGAUCUUCUUCAACAACAUUGCCUACCGCAGCUCUUCAGCCAACCGCCUCUUCCGUGUCAUCCGCAGAGAGCACGGAGACCCCCUCAUCGAGGAGCUCAAUCCUGGUGACGCCCUGGAGCCUGAGGGCCGGGGCACAGGGGGCGUGGUGACCGACUUCGAUGGAGAUGGCAUGCUGGACCUCAUCUUGUCCCACGGAGAGUCCAUGGCUCAGCCACUGUCCGUCUUCCGAGGGAAUCAGGGCUUCAGCAACAACUGGCUGCGAGUGGUGCCACGGACCCGGUUUGGGGCCUUCGCCAGGGGCGCCAAGGUGGUGCUCUACACCAAGAAGAGUGGCGCCCACCUGAGGAUCAUCGACGGGGGCUCGGGCUACCUGUGCGAGAUGGAGCCUGUGGCACACUUUGGCCUGGGGAGGGAUGAAGCCAGCAGUGUGGAAGUGACGUGGCCAGAUGGCAAGAUGGUGAGCCAGAGUGUGGCCAGUGAGAAGAUGAACUCAGUGCUGGAGAUCCUUUACCCCCGGGAUGAGGACAAACUUCAGGACCCAGCCCCACUUGAGUGCGGCCAGGGAUUCUCCCAGCACGAAAAUGGCCAUUGCAUGGAUACCAAUGAAUGCAUCCAGUUCCCAUUUGUGUGCCCUCGAGACAAGCCAGUGUGUGUCAACACCUACGGAAGCUACAGAUGCCGAACCAACAAGAGAUGCAGUCGGGGCUUUGAGCCUAAUGAGGAUGGCACAGCCUGUGUGGCUCAAGUGGCCUUUUUAGGUGGGUAUUCUUCUUCGGCUGCCUUUAGAAUCUCUGAGCCUCUAUCUCAGGCCUCAUAUCUUUCUCUAGGCCUUGGACUUUGCCUUCAGUUAUAUGCACUUUAAACUCCAUCAAUAAAGGAAAAAAAAAAAUACAAAACUAACAACCUUUGUGGAAAACUAAA